AUGGCACCUUUUCGUGGACGAGGAAGCUUUCGAGGAAAGGGGAGAGGAAUGGGGAGAGGAAUGGGGAAGGGACGGGGGAGCGGGAGGGAGAGAGGGAGAGUGCGAGGUGAUAUGCGCUCGAGAGAUGGUAGGGAAGGGGUGUUUUCUACUGCGAGGGUUGAAGAAGCUGUUGCAGAAGAACACUUGGAUGUUCCCGAGUUCCCUGAAUCCGACAACGAGUCCGUGGCGACGUCAGAAUAUUCCGCAGAAGACGAAAACUUGCAACCUCCAGCGAGCGCCUUCCACUCGUUGCUGCAGUCCUUUCACCAGGUCGCGGCAAAGGACAAUCCACGGAGGAAGAGGCGGAAGCUGAACCAUAUCUCUACUCUCUCUGAAGAUAAAGAGUAUGGGCAACAGGAACAGCAUAACGCAGACGAAGCGGGAGAAGCUGAAGGUGAUGAAGGUGCCGAGGGCGAUGAACGAUUAAUCGAGGUUCAGGUGGGUGAGAUCGAAGAUGAGGACGAAGGGGAUGCUUCAGACCCCUUCGAACAGCAUUUCGCAAUCGUGGAUGAAAAAGACUUGGCGAGGAGACUGAAGGCUAUCGAGGCGAAUGCGUGGAUGCCAGAGAAGGUGGAUGUUGACGGCGAGGGAAAGUGCACACUGCAGGUACCGGGGACAGAACAGAAAGCGGCAUCCAACCUGAAGGCGAAGACGGUUAGAGAUGUGAAGCUGAAGUCUCGACUGGUGUCAAAUGCGCAAAACAUCAUCGGCCAAUUCUCCACCCUCGAACAGGCUAUUGUUCCGCGCAUCUUCGACUACCAUGACGUGCUCUUCUGCGGUCGGACUGUCCAGAACGCUCCCCGCCUCCGCCAUAUAACAUGUCUCCACGCCUUGAACCACAUAUUCAAGACCCGCGAUCGCGUUAUCAAGAACAACGCAAAGCUGUCCCGUGAACCGGAGAACGAGAGCGUUGAGUAUCGGGACCAGGGUUUCACUCGUCCAAAAGUACUUUUCCUGCUUGAGACAAAGCAGGCUUGUGUACGAGUCGUAAACGCCAUCACCCAACUCUGCGAGUUUGAGCAACAAGAGAACAAAAAGCGGUUUCUCGACAGCUUCUCUUUGGAAGAGGACAAAUUCUCUGACAACAAGCCCGAAGAUUUCCGAGAACUCUUCGAAGGCAACGACGAAAACGAAUUCCGAAUCGGCCUGAAAUUCACCCGCAAGACCCUAAAGCUCUACUCUAAAUUCUACAACUCCGACAUCAUCAUCGCCUCCACCCUCGGCCUCCGCCGCGCCAUCGAAUCCGGCGAUCCCAAGAAGAAAGACUACGACUUCCUCAGCUCCAUCGAAAUAGUGAUCAUGGACCAAGCCGACGCAACGCUCAUGCAAAACUGGGAACACGCAGAAUACGUCUUCUCCCACCUCAACCUACAACCACGCGAGGCACACGGCUGCGACUUCUCUCGCGUCCGGAACUGGUAUCUCGACGGCCACGCCGCAAACUACCGACAGACCAUAGUCCUCUCCGCAUACCUAACCCCCAAAAUAAACGCGCUAUACAAUAAAGCCAUGAAAAACAUCUCCGGCCGUCUUAAAUACACCCCCAUCUACCCUCACGGCGCCAUCUCCACCCUAGCACAUCUCUCCAUUCCGCAAACCUUCACGCGCUUCGACUCCCCCGCUCAUACAUCCGACCCCGAUGCUCGUUUCAAAUUCUUCCAAACAACCGUCCUCCCCGCCAUUCUCCAACUCCCCAAACCCGCGAAGGGAGGGCUUGGUGUCAUCCUCUUCAUCCCAUCUUACCUUGACUUCGUCCGCGUCCGCAACUCCCUCGUCGACUCUCCUCUUUCGUAUGCCUCGAUAUCGGAAUACACCGAUCUCACUGAUAUCCGUAAAGCACGUUCGCAUUUCAUGUCUGGGAGACAUUCUCUCCUUUUAUAUACAGGCCGCGCGCAUCAUUUCCAUCGCUAUCAGAUAAGGGGGGUUAAGAGGGUGUGGUUUUAUGGGGUUCCAGAGAAUCCACGGUUUUAUGAAGAGGUGGUGGGGUGGAUUGGAAAGGAGAUUGAGAGGGGGGAGGUGACGAUGGGGAUGGGGGCGGCGGUUAGGGUGUUGUUUUCGAGGUGGGAUGGGUUAGAGUUGGAGCGGGUGGUUGGGAGCACUAGGGUGGGGAGGAUGGUUAGGGAGGUGGGGGAUGUUUUUGAUUUUGUUUAG